GAGUUUGCAAACCUUUGUCGAUUAAAAAACAAUUUGUGCCUGUCAUUUGCACUGUCAUUCUCCUUAUAAUUUUUGAAGAAAUAUAAUAUUAAUUCAACAUGACUUUGGAUAGUGCUCCAGACGUGCCCCGUGCUGGCUUCAACUUUGAUAAUUGCCGGCGCAAUGCUGCCCUCUUACAAGGCGGUUUCAAGCCACCGACAACAACAAAAACGGGCACCACAAUUGUUGGUAUCAUUUACAAGGAUGGUGUUAUAUUGGGUGCUGACACUCGUGCCACUGAAGGACCCAUUGUAUCUGAUAAAAACUGCGCCAAGAUCCAUUAUUUGGCCAAAAACAUUUACUGCUGUGGUGCCGGUACUGCCGCCGAUACGGAGAUGACCACGGACUUAAUCUCAUCCCAGCUGGAGCUCCAUCGGCUCAAUACGGAGCGACAGGUGCCUGUUGUAUGUGCUAACAACAUACUCAAGCAAAUGCUAUUUCGUUACCAGGGCCACAUUAGCGCCGCGUUGGUCUUGGGAGGUGUCGAUAAGAACGGACCGCAUAUAUAUUCCAUUCAUCCCCACGGUAGCUCCGAUAAAUUACCCUACGCAACCAUGGGAUCAGGCUGCUUAGCAGCUAUGACCGUUUUCGAGAGUCGUUGGAAGCCUGACUUAUCGGAGGAGGAAGGCAAACUUUUGGUGCGUGAUGCUAUUGCAUCUGGCAUCUUUAAUGAUCUUGGAUCUGGAUCAAAUGUGGAUCUAUGCGUGAUUCGCAAAGACAGCACUGAGUAUUUGCGGAACUAUGAGUUAGCCAACAAGAAAGGCGAACGCCAGAUAGACUACAGAUUCAAAAAGGGCACUUCAGCCACUCUACACACAACUAUUAAGGAUUUGUUGAUCACCGAAAAAGUGCAGGUUGUUCCAAUGGAAGUCUCUUAAGGCAUGCGUUUAUGAUUUAAGUAAUAUUAAACACAACGUAUCAAUGCCUUCAAUAUGUAUGAAGUUCAAAGGGAAAUAAAGAACUUUUUAUAUUAAAGAAAAACUAAAA